AUGAUGACCUCCGUGGCUGCUGCACGCACGCUUAUCUCCGUGAAUGAGGCGCUGGGCUUUGGGCCAGAGCCGCCAAUGCCGCUUACGGCCGAGGAGGCGGAGGAGGCGGCGGAGGCUGAGGGCCUGACGCUGGCGCGGUCGGACAAGAGUCCCACCGGCUUCAAGGGCGUCUACGUGAGAAAGGCCAAGCUGCAGCGACCGUAUGGCGCGUUCGCGACGUACAGUGGCCACAGCCACUUCCUUGGCUCCUCUGUUACGCCCCAGGAGGCGGCCCUCGCCAUCGCCCGCCGCUUGGCACAAAAGGGAAUGACCACCCUCGCCGCUGCGCCGGCGCCCUCGGAGCCGAUGUCCUCCGAGGAGGCGGAAGCGCCGGCGCCCUCGGAGCCGAUGACCUCCGAGGAGGCGGAAGCGGCGGCGGCGGCCGAGAACCUGACACUAGUGCGCUCGGACAAGAGCGCCACCGGCUUCAAAGGCGUCAAGAACGCGGUGGGGUCGAGGCCGUACUCCGCGAGGGAGUGGUGCGACGGCUACACCAUCGACCUCGGCCGCUUUGCGACGGCGGCGGAGGCGGCCCUCGCCCUCGCCCGGCGGCGCCGCCGCGCAGAGGCGCGCGUGGCGAGCGGCGGCACGCGCGGCGAGAAGGAGUGCCCCAUCUGCCUCGAGACGCUCGAGUCGAUAGGCGGCCUGGUCAAGACUGCGUGCCCCGGCGGCCACAUCUUCCACCGCUCGUGCCUCUACCGCUACUUCGGCGACGGCUGCACCGCCGACUGCCCGAUGUGCCGCCACCCCGUCAACAAGGGCGAGGAGACCCCGCUGCCGCGGCCCGACGAGACGCCGCCCAAGCAGCGCCGGAUCCCCGGCUUCAACAGCCGCGAGAUGGACGGAAGGGCCGGGCUCGUCCUGACGCGGCCGAAGCGGGCGGCCCCUUCGGAAGGUGGCCCGUCCAAGCGGCCCCCCUCCGCCACCACCUCCGCGGUCGAGGUCCGGCAGGCGGUCGGCGAGCUCCCACGGCAGAGCUCGCGGGUCUGCGCGCGCAUGGGCCUGCCGACGGAGCAUGCCGUGCGCUAG